UGUCCGCCCGAGGCCUUGAGCGCAGCUCGCUCUCCCAGGCCCAGUUGCUGCGCCGUCUGUAUCUGUGCCGUCCGUAUCCAGGCUCUCGCCAUGGGCGCCGCGGGCUCCUCUACGCUGGCUCGCCUCGGCCUCCCCGCACUGCGCCUCCCCGCGCAGUCCCGGCCCGGGUGGCUCGGGGUCGCCGCCCUGGGACUGGCCGCAGUGGCGCUGGGGGCCGUGGCCUGGCGCCGCGCGCGGCCCAGGCGGCGCCGGCAGCUGCAGCAGGUGGGCACCGUGGCGCAGCUCUGGAUCUACCCGGUCAAGUCCUGCAAGGGGGUGCCGGUGAGCACGGCGGAGUGCACGGCCAUGGGGCUGCGCAGCGGCCAUCUGCGGGACAGGUUUUGGCUGGUGAUCAAGGAAGAUGGACACAUGGUUACUGCCCGGCAGGAGCCUCGCCUUGUGUUGGUCUCCAUCACCUAUGAGAAAAACAGCCUGAUCUUCAGCGCUCCAGGGAUGGACCAGCUGGUGUUACCCAGCAGGCCGCCUUCCACCAACACACUCCAUGACUGCAGAAUAUUCGGUGUUGACAUCCAAGGCAGAGACUGUGGUGACGAGGUCGCUCAGUGGUUCACCAACUUCUUGAAAACGGAAGCAUUGAGGUUGGUUCAGUUUGACACGAAGUUGAAGGGAAGAACAUCGAACAAACUUUUCCCUGUUUCUGUACAGAAUUACCAGGUGGCCUACCCAGACUGCAGCCCACUCAUGAUCCUCUCGGAAGCCUCCCUGGGGGAUCUGAAUACGAGGCUGGAGAAGAAAAUCAAGAUGGAGCAAUUCAGGCCCAACAUCGUGGUGAGGGGCUGCGAGGCCUACGAGGAGGAUACCUGGGAUGAACUCCUCAUUGGUGGGGUAGAACUGAAAAAGGUGUUGGCUUGCCCCAGGUGCAUUUUGACCACCGUGGACCCAGAUACAGGAGUCAUAGACAGGAAGGAGCCCCUGGAAACACUGAAGAGCUACCGCCUGUGUGAUCCUUCUGAGCAUCACAUAUACAAGUCAUCCCCACUUUUUGGAAUGUAUUAUUCAGUGGACAAAAUAGGAAGCCUGAGAGUUGGUGACCCUGUGUAUCGGCUGGUGUAGUAACAGAGCUCCCUGGGGAUGAGGCACAAGGUUUCAGCAUCCAGGAAGCAUUGAUCAGGAUUUUAACAGCAACAGCAGCAACAAUACCUCAGCAACCCCUGCUGGCCAGCCUUUGACCACCUUCUCCCUGGAAGUGAAUCUGUAUGCUUGGAGUUAACGCAAGAAAAGUUAUCAGGGAUGUUUUGGGAAUAUGAAGGUAUAUACAUUUUAGGGAAUGAAGGUUUUUAAAAUAAAUGACAUUGUCUACAAAAUUAUUUUAAAUGUUACGAUCCCUGACUUUCAUAUUGAUGAACAAAGAAAGCUUGAAGAAUCUGCUGUAGAAAUUUUUUCAAAUGUAUACAUUUUAUUACUUGGUAUCCUGUUUUAGGAGAAAUGGAAAACAAUAGGUGAUUGUUUCCUCAUGUGCCUUACUCAUAAAUGUCUGUUAGCUGCUUUCAAAUGGCUUUCACACAUGUUCUUGAGCCUGCACCAGUAUGCCAUCAGGGUGGUACACUUGAGUAGAGAAAUCAUUUUAGAUCUUGCCUUUAUAUUUGAUUAUGCCUUUAUGAAGCCAUUUAAAAUUAAUUUGUGUUUAACUGCCAGAUGCACCACCUGGAAUUCCAACAAGAUCAAGAAGAAAUGGAAUUUUUUUAAAAAGAGAAUGACAUUUUGAGAAUAAAACUGAGAGGAAGAAAGUACAAACAUUUUUAGAUGUAAAUAAUUUUUGUAAUGAAAACAGAUGAACUAUCUUAAUAUGAUAAGCGAAAAUUCUCACUGAAUUAACACAUAAAUGAAUUAACUCACUUGGAAUUCUUGUGGUUUCUGCAUUAACAAUAAAUGUGAAUCUCGGUCCCA